AUGGACAUACGGUUAGUCACUGUCCUGAUCGCCGUGGAAAUCGGUGCCAGCCUCUCCCUCCCUCCAAGUAUCGCGCCCCAAGCUUUCUGGAGCUUGGUCGCCCCGGCAGAAAGUAGCUCCGCCAAAAGUAUCGGGGUUGGUGAGAAAGCCUCUCACCUCUUCUCUUACAAUAAAGGUCUCCUCGUUCCAGAAACUGAGAAAGACAAUAAGGCUAAUAAAAUUAAUGGCAAGGGUCUCUUCUUAGACAGAGACAAAGAUAGAAAAGUCAUCGACACCUGGCUCGUACGCAGCGGCGUGUUCCAGUCCACUAUCAAGUGCCAAUUAGCAGUGCAGUCGAUCACGGUCAACGCUAAGACGGCCCCCGAGCCUCAAGGCGCCACCAUCAGUGAUAUCUACGCCAAGCCAAUGCGUCUCAGCAAACCGAUAGAUUCGACGUCGACACUCGCAUGCAAAAAUGUCACUCAAGGCCCCUGGGGACGGUAUCAAACAGACAAAGAACCGUCAGACUCUAAGUCCUCCGGACCAGUCAGCGACUUCUACAACCUGCUAAAUAGCGAAAGCAGCACGUCCCGCCUAUUUAUGGGCGCCGUCGUCGAGGCGCCGAUUCCGCAAGUCUCAUUAGACAACAUGACCGAGUACCUUGUCGACAAGACCAUGAUGAGUAGCAUCUGUGACAAUGUAACGGAGUCGAAAUUCCUGAAAAAUUUGGAAGACUACAAAUUUUGCUACGCCAACGCGGACAUUAGGCGCAGAAAAUGGGGCAGCCUUUUGGGAGACCUGGAGGGCUUCACCUAA